AUGGAUCCCCUUUCGGGUAUUGGGCUGGCCAGCAACCUCAUGCAGUUUGUUCAGGCCGCUAUCAACGUCGUCUCAACAUAUCGCGACAUCUCGGCGAGCGCAGACGGCGUCUUGACGGAAAACAGGGCUUCUGAGGCUGUCGUACAGAGUUUUCAAGCUCAAGUCCAACCCCUUAGGGAUAGCCAUCACGUUCCCUCAGACCCGAGCACUUGCGCACUCUUGCAAGCGUGUGAGAAUAUCAAUGCUGAACUCAAUCGUCUUCUCACGGGCCUGCGACCUCGGCGGGAUACCAAGAUCGAAAGAGCCCUAGCUGUGGUCAGAGCGGUCCAGAAGAGAAACAAGCUCAAGGACUUGGAGGCCAAACUCUUCAACCUUCGGGCCCAGGUCACUUCGUUACUGACCGAGAACAUCUCUGCACAGCACACCGCGAUGAAAUCGCUCUUUGGCUCCUUCAUGCAGGUCGAUGCCAGCUGGAAGCACGAGGCUAUGGGCAAAUUAAACGAGACGCAGGAUAUCCUUGCCCAACUAAAACGCCUACAAGACCAGGGGAGCACUAGUGCUCCGAGAAAUGAUGCCAAUCUCCAGAUCACAGCAGUCAUGCAACAAGUACAAGCGGUCGUCAUGGAAAUUAAAGAUAUGCAAACAUCACAGCAAGUCCUCCACAGCCUUCACUUCGAUCAAAUACGACAGAGAGAGUCAGAGAUACCUGAUGCUCACCGGGAAACCUUCUCAUGGGCCUUUGAACCAGAUAAUCCGGGGCAAGACUCGUGCAUCAUCCGCUGGUGCGAAUCCGAAGAUCCAAGCGACGGGUUGUUCUGGAUUGCGGGAAAAGCGGGAUGCGGCAAGUCCACAUUCGUAAAGUUCUUGCACGACCACCCUCGCACUAUUGCGGCCUUGCAACAGUGGGCUGGACAAAAGCAGCUUCUAGUCGCCAGCCACUUCUUUUGGAGCCUCGGCCUGCCCAUGCAGAAGACGCAAGAAGGCCUUCUGAGGACACUGCUGUUUAAGAUAUUUGAGAAGCUCCCCAGAAGUAUCCCGAUCGUUUGCCAAAGCCGAUUCGACUCGCAAGGCCGCUUUAUGACAUGGAGCAUAAGUGAGCUGGUUGAUGCCCUCAAAGCUGUGGCCAGGCUCCCCGAGAUACCCAUCAGGAUCUGCCUCUUCAUCGAUGGAAUGGACGAGUACAAGGGCGACCAUGUCGAGCUGAUCGGCGUUCUCAAGACGCUGGGCGAGUCUGCCGAUGUCAAAGUCUGUGCGUCCAGCCGGCCGUGGGUGGAUUUCCUCGGAGCUUUUGACCAGAGUCCAUGGAAGCUCCAUGUUCAUGACCUCACCGCCAACGACAUCCGCGUCUACAUAGAGGACCAUCUAGAACAUAACGCCCAAUACCGAGAUCUGCAGCGAUCAAAUCCCUUGGAAGCCGGUGCUUUGCAGUCCGAAAUUAUGCACAAAGCACAAGGUGUGUUUCUCUGGGUCUAUCUGGUCAUCCGAGGACUACUUCGGGGACUGAGGAAUUUCGACACCAUUCAAGAUCUGCAACGGAGGGUCGCGGAGCUGCCCGCCGACCUCGAGCCCUACUUCCAGAUGAUGCUCAACGCCAUCGACACGAUUUACCAGGCGCGGGUGGCCAGAACAUUCCGAGCACUCAUUCAUGCACAAAUGCCGCUGCCGGUUUUGACCUUCUACUUCAUGGACCAGGGGGAAAUGGACCCCAACUAUUUUCGCGGGCACAUUAACCUCCCUGACGAGGAAGCAAAGAUCGAAGCAUUAAUACAGCAGAAGAAAAUGCAGAUGAUAGCCCAGUGUACGGACUUGCUACACGUGUCGCGGGAUGUCAGUAGAAGCCAGCCCUUCACGCUUACAAACCGGGCUGGCUUCCUGCACCGCACUGUGGCCGACUUCCUAUCAUCGAAUGGGAUUGGCGGCUUGCUCGAUAAGAUGCUCCCGCCCAACACUGACAUCAGGGCGUCUUUGUGCCAGGCAUUUGUUGCUGAGAUCAACCUCCACUCUCGGACUCCAAGCCUACUUCGUCUACCUGCGUCACCACUCGCCUUCAGAGAUGAUAUAGUGAGACACACCGCCAGUCUGGUGUGGGCCGUCAUCUACUACGCUCUCGAGAGCGAGUUUGACAAUAACGAUUACCAUGACCGAUCUAUCAUCCUGGAAGAACUCGGCAAAGCCGCGUUCGGCGACGACAAAGUCCCAGUGUAUAUUUUCGCCAAGCACGAAAGAAGUAGGGCGCGUCUCUCUGACGCCAUCGAAGGUAUCGAUAGCUGGAAUGGCGAAGUUACCCCACUCCAUUCACAGUCGGUUGUCGAAGUCGCCAUCCGGUGCGGUCUCAACCGCUUCAUCAUGGAGAUGGCGCGCAACGCAGAAGAGGUGGGAGACAAGGAAGCGCAGGCCACAGUCUUGCAGAAAACAUUGCAGCUGCACAUGGCGUCCGUGAUCCGCAACGAAGGCUUCGUAGGCUAUUUACAGAACCCGGAUCCUCUGAAUACAGUUUUGCUAAAGCAGCUGCUCGAGUCUGGGAUCUCGCCAAAUAUUACAGCCCCGUCUCCUUACGACCAGCCAGGGACAGAUACGCGCCCAGGGACAGAUACGCGCCGUCCUCGGCGGCGGAUGACGGUUUGGGAAAUCUAUAUAGAACACUUCAUGCGCGGGAGCUUUUACGGUUGCGAGGAGUCGGUUCCUGAGGCGUGCAGGCUGAUGAUUCUACACGGCGCAGAUCUGAGCAUAAAGGAUCCCAAGACUGGCGGAGAUCUCGCCCACAUGUUCCGCAAUCGGUUGGAAAAGAACGCAGCCGAGGAGUUGGCUGUUCUUAUCGAGAGACAACAACAGAAGCAACACUUGGGCGGAUUUGGAGAUGUCCUCUCUCAUUGGGGAGCAUCGUGGAACGACUAG